AUGACCAACCUGAGGAGUAUAAAUCAAAUGACCUAUGACAAUGCAGCUGCUGCCGGAGUCGACAAUAGUCUGGCGCAAGUGCUUGACCGAACGAGCUUCCUAUGGCCGCCAUGUGGGACACUGAAGAAACAUUAUUCGAUGCUUCAUUAUCAGCCGGAGGAGGUUCUGUUCUUUCGACUGAAAGCGCCGGUGGGGUCAACAAUUCAGGCUAGCCCAUGUCGAUUCGUCCUCGCCAAUGAUGCACAAAUGGUUGGAGUCGCAGAUGCAGCACCUUUCAGCUCCGCCUGGUUGGGUAAAGUCGACGUUACAGAGAAGACCCACGCUCUGGUAGCAUUGACGGCCAUUAAAUACACUCGCAGUGUGGCUCCUGCGGUGGACGUGGUUGGUGGGGAUGUUCCCCCUGUGGUACUUGUGGAGGGCGUGGGCGUGUGCUCUGUCGUCGCCGUUGCGAUACCUGCUGUGGACAAGGAGGAAAUUGGUGCGGAGGGUGUUGGUCUAGAUGCUGUAGGUGUUGCGGCACCGGUGUCAUAG